AUGGAGAAAUCUCCUGGAGCUUCCCAUCACCCUGAAACAGGCUCUCCAAAGCGUCCAAGUCAUGGAGUGCAGUUCAAAGAGUCAACUGUUCCUGCAGUGCGGUUCUGGAUCCUCAGCGUCGGGGUUUGCUUAGGUCUGUUCCUCUCCAUCAUCGACACCUCCAUCGUCGCCACCAGCAUCUACAGUAUCGGUGUCGAAUUUAAAGACGCCCGCCGCGUCAACUGGGUCGCCCUGGCCUACACCCUCGCCUAUCUCGGUUGCGCUGUGACCUUUACUCGCAUCUCCGAUGUGGUGGGCAGGCGAAACGCCUUUGUCGCAGCUUAUGUUAUCUUCUUCGCUUUUUCAUUAGGAUGCGGGUUUGCGCAGAGUAUGGACCAGCUCAUCGCCUGCCGGACUCUGCAGGGGAUAGGGGGCUCUGGCCUUUACUCUCUUUCCAUGGUCAUCAUGCCCGAGCUCUGCCCAGAGCAUCUUCGACAGUAUAUUGGCAGCGUAAUGGGCCUCGUAAUUGCUGGGUCAGGCGCCCUUGGGCCUGUGUUGGGAGGCCUCUUGACACACUACACCACCUGGAGAUGGGUCUUUUGGAUAAAUGGACCAAUUGGCCUCGUCUCCUUGAUUAUCUUCUUUCUCUCCUGGCCAAAAGCCGAACACCUGCCUUCAAUGACAAGGCAAUCCUGGAAACAAUUCGACUAUAUCGGCUCCUUCCUGAUCAUUGCCGCCGCAGUCCUGCUAGUCUUCGCCUUCCAGAAUGCCGGCGAGUCUCCAGGCACAACGUGGGGCACCGCCAUCUUCAUCGCCCCGUUGACCGUCGGCCUGGUCCUCUGGCUAGCCCUCGUAGGCUGGGGAUACCUGGCCGGACGUCUCUAUAAUGGCCGCCUUUCUCUCACCUUUCCCAUCAGCCUCUUCCGCAACAGGGCCUACGCCGCCGCUGCAAUCUCGACGCUAUUCAUCGGCUAUCCUUAUUUCCUACUCAACUACGCAUUCCCGCUCAGAGCCCAGGUCGUAGAUGACAAGAGCCCCUUGUUAGCCGGUAUCAUGCUGCUCCCCAUGUUAGGCGCCACAGCGGUAGGAAGCAUUCUGACGGGGGUUUUGAGCAAGACUAAGAACUAUCUCUUCGAGACGAUGUUCGUCGGUGCGUGCCUGAUGACCCUUGGGGUCGGACUACUUACGCUCGUCCAUGAUUCCAAUGAUGAUGCAAAGGCACUCGGGUUCAUUGUCUUUGCGGGUCUAGGGUUUGGAUUGAAUGUUGCCUCUGCGACUAUGCUUACGUCGUUCGAAGUUCCCAUUACAGACUAUGCACCCGCACAAGGCAUCAUAGCACAACUUCGAAUCCUGGGGGGGAGCCUGGGUAUUUCGACCUCGACCGUCUUCCUGAACACAAAAGCCAAUGAGCUGCUAUCGGGGCUUCUAACUCCGCAAGAACAGGCUACGCUCGGGCACGGUGGAGCGCCACUUUCGCCGGAGAAGCGUAGUGUAGUACAUCGAGCUUUCUCGGAGGCUUUCCAUAAUGAUAUGGUGGCUGGUGUGGCAGUUUCAGGGGCCGCUGUCUUGGUGGUUCUCGGUGCGUAUCGUCGUGGUCGGAUGGUUGUGGCGGAUCAGAAGAAGGCGAGGGUCAAUGAGGAGAUAGCGCGUAGAUCGGGGCAGUAUGAAGUUUCUGGGAGUGGUUAA